AUGAAAAUCAACGUCAACAUGUUUUGUAUUUUGAUUCAUUAUCGAGAGAAAAACGCACUAGGCACUAAUAUCCGCAUAAUCAAAACAAUAUAUCAGUUUCGCAAGAUGAUGCCAAGACGUGUGACUACGCGAAAGGCUGGUACUGGUUGUAAUGUCUUCAGUCGUAAAUGUUCACCGAAGCGUCGGAAUGACACGUACGAGCCUGAUUUGCAAUUUAGUCCGGAUAAUACUUGGAAGAAAAAAGUUCAAAUUCAAGUGAAAGUGAAUAAUGCAUUGAAAUAUCCGGAAAUUGAACCGGCGAUAAAUCAUUCGCAAUCGAUUUCCUUUCGAUUGAAUCCCACGAAUGGCAAGUCUUUAUCAUCGUUGGAUAUGAAGAAGAAAAACGUCGAAGUCGAACUCUAUUACAAUGCGAAACUUCAAGACAAAAUCGAUCAUUGCGAACCAAAACUUCAUGUUGAUCUGUCCUAUUGUCAAAUAGUCGAUCGAGACAUGGUGAUCAUUGUUAAUCAAAUCAUACUCGAAAGAAAAUGUACAGAACUUUGGCUAUAUGGCAAUCAUAUCACUUCUCAAGGUAUUGCUAUUCUAGCACAAAGUUUAGUUCACAAUUCUACGUUGAAAAGCCUGGACCUGUCAUUCAAUCAAGUAUCCGACGCCGGUGUACGUUUUCUUGCUCUUUCACUUUUACCAGAUCAAUAUUCGGCACUGAAAAUUCUUUAUUUAAGUAAAAAUGGUAUUUGCGAUGAUGGCGCAAUGUAUUUAUCUGAAAUGUUACAGAGAAACCGAACAAUAACAGAAUUAUGGUUAUCGAAUAAUGAAAUCAGUAAUCGGGGCGUGAAACAACUGGCGAAUGUGUUAGCGUAUCAUAAUGAAACAUUAAAAAUCUUAUCACUUUCCGCGAAUGUAUUCAUAACGGAUUUAUGUAUCGAAGAUUUGUUGAAAAUCUUUGAGCAUAAUGAAACGUUGAAGAAAAUUUGGUUCAACGAUUGUAAUUUCUCGGAAUAUGGAAAAAUGAAACUUCGAGAGCGAGCCAAACGAAAAAGUCAUAUUCAUAUUGAAUUAUAA